GCGGAUUUGAAUUUCGGUGAAAAAAAAACGACAUUUUUGUUUCGAAUGGUCCAGGACCCCGACAGAUUGAAGUGACCAGCCUUCACUUCGUUCUGUGAAAGGAGUAACAGCAGCUUUGCAAUAAAGCUAAAAAAAAAACAGUAAAACGACAAACAGACACCAAAACGCUGUGGAGUAGAUUGUGGGUAAGACUUGUUUAUUCAUUUCAUUUAAGAAAAAUUAAGGUUUAGCGGUAUUUAGCGUUCGCAGAUCUCAGUAAUAUAUUUCUCAUACAAAGUCUCUUAUAUUUUCAACGCUCGCCUCGUUACGUUACGUUACGCUCGUUACGUUGCCAGCCGCAUUGAAAGAAGUUGAGGAAUAUUACCAGGUGUCGUGAAUAUUUUAUUGAGAAACCUAACCUAGUUAUUGCAACAGUUAACAGAGUUCAGCAAAGGGUGUUAUGCUUCACUGUCUUCCUUCAGCUUGGGUUAGUGUCAAUCGCAUGGGAGAAAACAAGAGAGGUUUAUACUUACCUAAUAGUUUAUCUUUUCUUUGGUUAUGAAAACUAUAGACAACAAGAAGCAUUUAGACAUUUAAUAAUAUUAGUUUCAAGGUUUUAAAAUAAUGAAUCAGGAGUGAUUCAAUUCAAAUUUUAAUAUGUGCAUAUGAAGAUUUAAUGGCGAUAAAGCCAUGCAACGUGGAAUUUCACGAUUUUAGUCAAAAGAUAGUAGAGUUUAUUUAUAUUCCAUUACCUUGAAAAGCAACAACCAAGUGAACGCUCCUUUGAUUUCCUACACUUUUAUCGUUUGAAAUCUUGGCUGGGAUGUAGGUCUAGUAGUAUGUGCGUGUUCGUGUUAUUUAUUAACAAGGGUAUUGUUAGAAAGUGACGCACCAGGCAGAUUAUAGUUAGUCUAAAAUGUCAGUCGUCUAGGAGUUAGGGGGUGGAACGGCUGACAUUUUAGACUAGCAGUUUAUUGACGAAUGAAAAACAUAGCUUUUUCAGGGUCAGUACCUACCAAGUUUGAGCAUAAACUACGUCGCCAUCAAUGAAGAUUUGGAAAAAUUAUCACCAUAGCUGUAUUUUAGAUAAAGAUGGACAUUUGUUGUGAUAGUGUUACAAUGACAGCGGAGUUGUCAUAGUAACAAAAUGAAACCAUCAUCUAUUUUUACUUGCAGCCAUAUUUCUCGACCUUGUAAAGUGUUUUACCAAAAUCGUUCACGGGAGCUUUUUCCUCCAAUAGCUGCCUCGGUGUUCGUGAAGUUUAAUAGAGAUCUGCCAGUGCACUCUCGAGAUUUUUUGAGAUAAAAUGUUUCUGGCUAGAAAACGAGUAAAAACUGGACAAUCUUGAUGUUCUGCCGUUAUCUAUAGAAAUAACGAAGCGCUCUGGAAUUGCAAUUUCGCCCCAUGGUAGUGGAGAAACUGAUUUUUUACAAGGCAAUAGACCAUGUUCGAGUUGCCUGAAGCCUCCGUUUCAAGGCGACGCUAAGUUCAAAGCAAUUAAUAUGAAUUUCAUUUUUAUUCUCAUGCAAGUAAAAGUCACUUUUCGCGACAAAGGUUUCUUUACUUAUAUCCUUGUUUUGAAUGUGAGAGUUUUUGGAACUCGGAAAUGGCCUUUGAUAAAGCUUUGCCGACCUAUUUGAUAAGUGGUUUAAAUCUAGCGAACAUAUUGCAUAGAUUUUGUUGCAUGUUUAAAGUGUCCAUAAGCUAAAAAAAUAUUUUUUUAAUUGAAAAUUCACAUUAACCUCAGCGUGUGCGUGUGUUUUUUUAAAACUUAUCUCAAGUUUGCCUUCUUUUUGCCACCCCAUUCAUCUAAGUUUUCCUCUCGGGAGCCUCCUGGACCGUGAAAGGAGCUGAGACGUACUAAGGAUCCAUGUUGUAGAUCAAAGAACACGUGACCUUAGAUAAAAGUAAACAAGUGUGGAGUGCUAGAAAUAUUUCUUCCAAUUCACAAACUGAAAUUGCCGUUAAAAGUUACAAUUAGUUUACGAGUUUUCGAUUGAUUUGUUUUGAAAUAGGCAGAGUAAAAGAUGGUGCUGAGCGAUGCAGAAGUGAGCAUUGUAACCGUACUGUACGCCUUUACGAUGCUUGCAGCUAUUGUGGGCAACUCUCUUCUGAUAUAUAUCGUGUGGAAAAAACCUGAGGUACGGUCACUGACAAGUUCUAUGUUCGUCAACAUGGCCAUAGCCGAUUUAUUGGUGGCCCUGUUCAUGAUGCCUCUUUCCAUUGUCAACGCUCACACGGAAAGUAAGUGGAAGGUACCUGGGUUGCCUGGUGACAUCAUCUGCAGGGGCUCUAUUCUAAUUUCCCAUGCCACCCUCAUUGCGUCUAUCCUGUGCCUGGUUUUUAUGGCGAUCGACAGGUACUGCGCCAUUGUCUGUCCUCUGUCGGUCCACUCUGUGUGGUUCAGAAAGGCGAAAUUUGUCACACCUUUGAUCUGGGUUAUGUCAAUCGCUCUAAUGGCUAUCAUGCCUGUCGUCUACAAAUUAAAUUAUGAACACUCUUUAUGUGAAAUUGACCCGAAUGUUUUGGGCCAGAACCCGACAUUUCGUGGUGUUUACCUCUACAUUUUCUUCAUCACCUACAUAAUUCCUCUGGCCACCAUAUGUCCGCUGUACGCGAAAGCGGCUCGUAAGCUAUGGUUUAACCAGGAACCAGGCAAUCAUCUGAUUGAAGAACAACAGCUUCGACUGCUGGUUACAAGAAGGAAAGUGGUCCGCAUGCUCGUCAUCAUUGUUGUGGUGUUUGCUAUUUGUUGGCUUCCCGCGCAGGUAAUACACCUUUUCUGGGUAGCAACAACUUUUCGUGAAAACCCGCCAGAAAUCGUCAUGUACCUGGGAUUUUGGUUGGCCCACGCAAACAGCGCCAUCAACCCUUGGCUGUAUAUUGCCUUAAGCACAAAGAUUAGAUUGGCCUUCAACCGGAUGGUAACCUUCCGAAAAUCUCAUCCGGCCUUGAGGAAAAGUACCCAGGGAAUGAGUCACUCAACUAAAGCCUCGACAUUCCAGGAGGCUAAGGUGUAGUCAUACGAACCAGGAGACCAACCAUCUUUCUCUGGUGUCGUAAACGUAAGGCAGACCUGUUUUUUUUGCAAGAGACGCACUCGAUCGCUGCAACAGAGAAUCAAUGGAUAAAUGAAUGGGGUGCUGAGAUAAUAUCUUGCCAUGGUAGUUCAAAUGCGCGAGGUGUUACGAUUUUGUUUAAAAAUGGUAUUGAUUACAGCAUUAAUCAUAAAAUUGUAGACCCCGAGGGGCGAUACAUUAUUUUAAAAGCUUGCAUCCAAGAUAAAGUCUAUGUGCUGAUUAAUGUUUAUGCGCCGAACAAAGAUAAAGACCAAGUGAAUUUUUUCAACAAGCUACUUUCAAUUUUGCAAAAUGAAAAUCUGGAUUCUGUUGACAACAUUAUACUAGGAGGAGAUCUAAAUUGCCAACUUGAUCCAUUACUCGACAAAAAAAGGCGGAGCAAGUAUAAAAAGGAAAUCAGUUAUCUCUUGUGUCGACGAUUUCAAAAGUAAAUUAGAUUUAGUAGAUAUUUGGAGAUCCAAAAAUCCUGACGUAAAAGGCUUUACAUGGAGUCAGAAAUCUCCCCCAGUGUUCUGUCGUCUCGAUUACUGGUUGAUACCUAACAAUCUGAGCGAUUUUGUUGAAUUGACCGAAAUAAUCCCAGCUGUACGAACAGAUCAUGAUGCAAUUUCUUUAGAACUCGGAAAGUUAGAGAACGAAUUGAAAGGGCCAGGAAACUGGAAAAUGAACUGCUCACUGUCAGAUGAUGAAGAGUACGAAGAAGAUAUGGCCAGGAUGAUUCCACUUUGGACAGCAGAAGGACAGAAAGAAUUCACAGAUAAUCGAAUGAUAUGGGAUUGGGUUAAAUAUAACAUAAGAGCUCAUGCUAUUCAAUACUCUAAAAGAAAGGCAAAAGAAAGGGUGAAAAAGGAACUUGACCUUCAGGAAGAAUUAAGUAAAGCAAAGGGUAAACUUGAAAAUAAUCCAAACGACCAUAACACAACCCAUUAUAACGUAGUUCGGGAGAAGUUGGAGUCGUUUUACGAAGAAAAAACCAAAGGCGUAAUAAUACGAGCACGGGCUAGAUGGCAUGAACAUGGAGAGAAAAGCACAAAAUAUUUCUUAAACUUAGAAAAAAGGAACCACGUUAAAGAGCAUAUAAGAAAACUGUGCAUAAAUGGUAAAACUACAACGGAUCCGCGCUAUAUACUAAAAGAACAAGAGCGUUUUUACAGGGAAUUGUACAAAAGCAGCAUUAAUAGUCCUAAUACAGGAGAGAAAAUAUCUUCAUUUUUGAACGAUCUGAAUAUUCCCCAACUUUCAGAGGAGCAAAAAAAUUCUUGUGAAGGAUUGAUUUCUCCGGAAGAAUGUUCUGAACUCUUGGACAGCUUCCAGAGUAAUAAAUCCCCUGGAAAUGAUGGCAUUCCAGCUGAAUUUUAUAGAAAAUUUUGGCCUUUAAUAAGCGAAAGUUUUAUCAGGUGCGCAAAUGAAUGUUUCGAAAAAGGGGAAAUGUCAUGCUCACAAAAACAGGCUGUAAUUACCCUGCUUGAGAAAAGCGGAAAAGAUCGCACUCUCCUCGAAAACUGGCGGCCGAUAUCUCUUGUUAAUGUAGAUACGAAAAUUAUGUCCAAGGUGAUCGCAGCAAGGGUUAAAAAGGUGUUACCCAGUAUCAUUCACUACAACCAGACGGGUUAUGUUAAAGAUCGUUUCAUUGGUGAAGCAAUACGUUCUAUCUUCGAUAUUAUGGACUUCACAGCUAAGGAAAAAAUCCCAGGUUUACUGUUGUUUAUAGAUUUUCAAAAGGCUUUUGAUAGUGUGGAAUGGGAAUUUCUCAUUGAGAGUCUUAAAAAGUUUAACUUUGGACGAGACUUCAUUCAAUGGAUGAAAACCUUUUAUAACAACAUUCAAAGCUGUGUUAUAAACAAUGGCGUUAGUUCUAACUUGCUUACUCUGGAACGUGGUGUUAGGCAAGGUGAUCCACUCUCUCCUUACUUAUUCAUAAUUGCUGUAGAAACUUUAGCAAUUGCCAUAAGGCAAAAAGAGUCAAUUAAAGGAAUCACAAUAGGAACCGAGGAAACUAAGCUUUUACAGUUUGCAGACGAUACAAUCGCUGUGUUAGCUGACACAAGCUCGGCCGAAAGGUUAUUUGAACUACUUAACAAAUUCGAAAUGAUCUCUGGACUCAAGAUUAACUGUUCAGAAACUGAAGGUAUGUGGAUUGGAUCUAAGAGACAUUAUAAAGAAAAACCAUUCGGUGUUAAAUGGCCGGACGAGCCAAUAAAAGCUCUAGGUGUAUAUUUUACUUACGACCAAAAAUUGCUUAAAGAAAAGAAUUUUAUAGAACGACUGGAUUCAAUUAAAAAACUUAUUAAUAUAUGGUCCGCUAGAGGCUUAUCGAUAUACGGUAAGGUGACAAUAAUCAAAUCUUUUCUUAUCCCCAAGUACAUUUACGUUUGUUCGAUUCUUCCAACUCCCAAUGAAUUGCUAAAAGAAUUGAAUAAAAUACUGUUUAAAUUUCUCUGGAAAGGUGUAGAUAAGGUAACAAGAGCUUCAGUUAUAAAUGAAUACGAAGAGGGAGGGCUAAGAAUGUUUGAUCUCGAGUGCAUGGUUAAAUCAUUGAGAUUAGCUUGGUUAAAACGUAUCUUCAGUGGGACUAAUGGAACUUGGAAAAGCUACCUACAACACAUAACGGGCUCCGUUGGGGGAUUGUUCUUUUUUAACUGCAACUAUAAUAUCUCGGAUUACACAAUUCCUUCUCAAUUCUAUCGGGAACUUUUGUUAUGGUGGUCGCAAUUUCGUGAAACGUUUGCCACUGAAGAAGACUGGAAAACCAUAAUCUGGAAUAACAAAGAAAUAAAAGUAGAAAACAAGCCGGUUUAUUAUAAACAUUAUGUUAAUGCAAGAGUCAUUUGCAUUCAAGAUCUUUUACUUAGUCUGAACAGCACUGAUUCGGAUUACACAAUUCCUUCUCAAUUCUAUCGGGAACUUUUGUUAUGGUGGUCGCAAUUUCGUGAAACGUUUGCCACUGAAGAAGACUGGAAAACCAUAAUCUGGAAUAACAAAGAAAUAAAAGUAGAAAACAAGCCGGUUUAUUAUAAACAUUAUGUUAAUGCAAGAGUCAUUUGCAUUCAAGAUCUUUUACUUAGUCUGAACAGCACUGAUUCUUAUAAUGAACUGUCUAAAAAAGUAUGCAAAACAAAUAUUUUAGAAUGGGCUGGCUUACGUAGGUCCAUUCCAUUAUCGUUAAGAGGUUAUGACAGGUAUCCUUCCAUAAACUCUCCAACAUUUGUGGUGGGUGACAAUACUUUUGAUGUUACGAAAGGGAAAUCAAAGGAUUACCACAACCUAUUCAUCAGAGAAAAAGCUAAACCGCCCAAUAUUAUUAAAAAAUUACUGAGUAACUUUCAUUUUAAUAGCGACAAUCUGUGGCAAAUAUUUAAGCUGCCUCACUCUAUCGUUGUCGAAUCGUAUGUUAAAGCUUUCCAGUACAAGGUAAUUAACUCAAUUCUUUACACAAAUACAAAGUUGUAUGAAAUAGGUUUUAGAGCAAAUGAUUUAUGCUCUUUCUGUGACAAUCAACCCGAAUCAUUAACUCAUUUGUUCUAUCACUGCUCGCGCUCUAAACAGUUUUGGAUUGAAUUUGAACUUUAUUGGUGCCUUAUUUCGAAUCAACGAAUUCGUCUCUGCUUGGAAAAUGUGCUGUUUGUAAUUUUGACGGAAAAUACUCGCCCUUUACUUCAACUGCUGAAGUAUUUUAUAAUUAUUGGAAAACUCUAUUUGUGGGACUGUAGGAGCAAACAAAUCUUUCCAAACAUUUAUGGAUUUAGGGCCAAGAUCAUCGCUAAAUAUGAAACAGAAGAAAAAAUCAGCAACAAAGAAUUCUUUAAAAGAAAGUGGAUACUGACGCCUUAUUUAAGUUAACUGCAUUAACUUCGUAUUAUUUCAUUGCCCUGUUGUACUUUUUAUAAUCUCUUUUAGCCCUGUAUUAAUUUAAUAAUUUAAUAAUUAAUCUUGCUUUACUCUGUUAAUGUCUAUUGUUAAAGUGUUUUGUUUUGUUUUGUUUUUUUUUCCUGUAGUAUUGUAACUGUAAUUAUUUAAUGUGAUUAUCAAUAAAUAUAUUGGAAAAAAAAAAGAGUAGAAGGCAUAUAUGAUUUUCAGCUAGCAAGUUGUUUCAAGGACAUUUAACCUUUGCCUUUUUAAUUCACGCAAUAACUGCAGAUUACUUAAUGCAGUGGUAAGUAGUGGAUAAAAUAGCGACAAAGUGAUCGACUAAAAAUUUAAAAUAGAG